UGGUGAAACCCUGUUUACCUGUUUUGUGAUUCAUGUGUCUUUUUGAUUAUUGUUUAUGCUAGGAUUAUGGAAACUAGCUGACUUUGCACAAACACUGUUAUAAUAUAUAACUGAAAAAGAGUGUAAAGGUUGCUGGAAGCUGUAGCUUUAGAAAUAAAUCUAAAUCUGGUACAGUGGCGAUGGCAUUCCACUCCCUAAUCAUGAAAGUAAACCUAACACCUUUUUGCUAGUCUACAAUGAAAACUAUUUGUAGCCAUGUUAUUUUGUUGAUAGCUGCAAAUUUAUCGUUUGUUGCCGGAUAUUUGAAUAUAUAUCUAACAAUAUCUGAGGUACAGCGACUUCUAGGUGUAUCAGCUGAGUUGUACUAUAUUAGAAACGGUAAUAUUAACAAUCAAGCAUUGAAUUUUAUAGUUCAAAUACCAUCAAAUAUUAAUGCUUUGUAUUUCACAUGGGAGGGCUUAACAGAUCAACCAUUACCUUAUGCGAUUACUGUACACACAUCAAACCCAGAGGUGCUGCCACCUCCAAAACUAAACAUAUCAUAUGUUGGAACAGUGCCAAAGACUACUCAAACAUUCUUAGUGUCAUUGCCAUGCUCAGGCCUCACAGAGGCAGAAGUUGAUAUAAAGAUUACAAUCAAUAUUACACUAACUAAUAAAAAUGUCACCAAGUUAACGUUUAAUAGGAAAAAAAUGUGUCUUUUGUUAGACAAAUCUGUGAGCUUGAUUGCACAAGAUUCUUUACUACAGCUUCCAAAUUCUGCCAGCAUAUUCUACAUAGCGAUGUGCUGUGCUCUAUUACUGAUGGUAAUGCUAAUCCUACUGGUGACCCUGUACUAUGUGAAGGAUAAGAAGUGUCGGUCAUCCGGUAACACCCAACCUACAACAGCAGCGACUACGUUUUUGGCAGCUUUGCCUAGAAAUAGUGUGAACGCAUCUUCUUAUGGUAGCUUCAUUAGGAUGCCUAGUUAUUCACUCAUUGAUGAACGAUCCAAAGAUUUACAAGAUAGGAUAGCUGAUUUGACAGUUCAAAGAUGCCGAAUUAGGCUUAGCAGUAUCUUCUUAGAAGGUACAUUUGGAAGAGUCUACUAUGGCUCUUACACAAACGAGGAUGGAGCAGAGGAGACAGUGAUUAUAAAAACAGUGACAGAUCAUGCAAGUCAAGUACAAAUUGCUCUGUUGCUUCAAGAGGGCAUGACAAUGUACUCAUUGAACCAUAAAAACAUACUAAGUAUAUUGAGAGUGUCGAUACAGGACCAUUCAGCGCCUUUUUUGUUAUAUCCAUACAAAAAUACUACGAAUUUGAAGAUGUUCUUGCAGAAAUGUAAAGUUUCAUCAGAGGGAGUGCAUCACACUUUGACUACACAAGAAGUUGUAGAGAUGGCUCUACAAAUAAUCCAAGCAAUGCAAUAUUUGCACAAGAAACAUUUGUUGCAUAAAGAUCUGGCUGCAAGAAAUUGCAUGGUGGAUAACGAACUCCACGUUCAAGUAGCAGAUAACGCGUUGUCAAGGGACCUCUUCCCGUCUGAUUACCAUUGCCUGGGGGACAAUGAAAACAGGCCUGUCAAAUGGCUGGCAAUAGAAAGUUUGCUGCACAAAACAUUUUCCCCUGCUUCUGACGUAUGGUCUUUUGGAGUAUUGGUCUGGGAGCUAACCACACUUGCUCAACAGCCUUACAUUGAAAUUGAUCCGUUCGAGAUGGCUGCUUACUUGAAGGAUGGAUAUAGAUUGGCUCAACCGAUCAACUGUCCUGAUGAAUUGUUUGCAGUCAUGGCAUAUUGUUGGGCCAUGAGCGCAGAAGAAAGGCCCACAUUUACACAGCUACAUGUUUGUUUGCAGGAAUUCUAUGCACAAUUGACAAGAUACGUUUGACAAACCAGACCUACUUUUCACAAAGUUUUGUUGCAAUUUAGCUCACAGAUUGUCUUUACUGUGCUGCAAAGUGAAGCUUUAAAUGAGAAAACUAAUAAUUGUUGCUAAGGGAAAGUACUCUGUCCUUGAGGUGUACUUGUUGUCAAUUGGCCGUGACCGAAGAGUUGUCAAAUAUUAAACAAGAUAGCCUUUUCAGAUCACAUGUCUUCAUAUUAUCAACUAUUAAUUUGCCAGUUGACGCAGAAUAUGUUUGCUAAAGAUAAAAGAACUGAGAUGGAUAGGACACUGCAUUCCUUGAGGAAUGUAUUAAUAAGGAGGCUUUCUUGGGAAACAUAUUUGGAGGCCUUUAGUGAAAGAACGACUAUUCAUUCAGCCCUAAAAUAUAUAUAUAUAUAUAUAUCUAUAUAUCCAACAACACUGACAUUUAUAUAUAUAUUAUUGAGUUAUAUCACUGAUUGACGUUUUCUCCAAGAUGCCUGUAUUUUGAUGUUCACGUAAAAUUUCUAUCGUCAUAGGCAGGUUGCCAACCAGGAUCACAGAAAUUCUCUUAGAAGUAAUGAAAAACAGACUCGAUUUCCCUUUCAAAGAAAGUCUUUAAUUCUUAAACAUGAUCUCAACCCUUAUAAUCAUGCUUCAGAGAAUUUCUCAAUGACGGAAAAGAAAAUCCUAUAACCUGCGACACCAGCCCGAGAGAUGGCAACACUGGCGCCUGGAGAUGAGGUAGACAGAUAUACAGGGUGUAAACGUUAUGUUAGUCAUUAUUUAAAUGGGUGAUAGAGGGGGUUUAAAGAAGCAAGAAGUUUCAUAUAACAUGGGGGUUAAAACGGCAGGUUUUUAGAGAAAAGCGACUUUAAAGUAAAAUAAAUCUGACAACGCCGCAAAACUAUGCAAAAGGAUAACUAACCACUGUUAUCGUUUGCGAUCGAUUGCCGGUUCGAUAAGAGUGAUGAAAGACCGACGCGCUGUUGUCGUGGGUGUUUUAAAUAUCUAAUUUAAUGAAACUUGCUUACUGACUACAAAUUUUGGCCUAGUUUAGAAAAACUUAACGCCAUUUAUUUGUUAAUUACCAAAUUUAAAAACGUUUUAGAUUAGAUUAUAAAAAUUAGUAAGAUUGUGGUGAUUGUUGUCGAUUGCACUUAAAGUUGUAAACUAUAAAGCCAUUUAGACAAAAAUCUAUUGACUUUUGGACCAUGGGUCAUAUGAACUUUUUGACUUGUUUUUGAAUAAUGACUACCAUAACGUGUACACCCUGUAUAGUUGUGCCGGCGCGGCUUCCAAUUGACUGGUAUAGUCUAGUGGAAUAUAUUAAUUAGUGGUUAUGUGUAGCUAUAAUUUGACUGUGCCAAAUCUUGCUUUUUUAUAUAUCGACGGUGAGCUGGCAUUAUAUGGUAACUGAAAUAUAGGGAUUUUACAGGAUAAUAAAAAAACGAUAUACAAUCUGAAAUGAACUGGAAUCAAAUAAUUUCAAAUAUAAGAUUUUCCAAAUAGGAUAUUUUGCAUGAAUUUUUAUAUCUAGAUAGGAAGUAUUUGAAGAGAAACAACAGUCAUUCAUCUCAAACUUUAAUGAUAUAAUAAUUAACACAGACAAGUAAACAAACUUCUCUUUCAUCAUAACAGCGAACAGAAGAACCAAACAUGUAGUCUGAAACUUACAUUCUUAGAAACGGAACAGAAAUUGAAAAUUUCUAGUCGAUAUGAGUUUCACAACUUGAAAACUAUACAGCAGAGGUAGCGAAAAAUAAAAGAAAAUUGGGUGACACUCCUUACUGAUACAAUAAGUUAUCAUAGGUCUUGACCUCAUUUGAGGUUUUGUAGGUGAUCCCAUUUUUAUUUCUUAAUUUUACAAAUAUAUUUCAACAGAUGAGGGUAAUCCUCAAUAAUAGGCACGUUUUUUGGACUGACAGGUAUGUCUUUGAAUUAUUCGGCAUAAGACAACUUAACUUGAAUAGCUGGAGAUGGUUCAUAGUCAUAUUUGAUGCACCUAAUAUCCAAAACGACAGGAUCAAACGCUUUUUUGCCCGGCCUGAUAGACGUAAAUCGUAAGAACUUGCGUUCAGCAUAGUUUUUGAACAAUUACUCUAUAAGAUUUAUCUCGUAAGGUUUUGGAUGUACUCUGCAUUUCUUAGCAACCGUGGCGUAGUCACUUGGGAGAUGUAUUUCCCUAUUUUUGAGCUUUCUUUCAAUCAAGCUAUGAACCGAAUCACAUUCCAUUUGAGUGUGACCCGGUUCCAAGUAUUUCUGGUACCUGUUCUCCUGAUGUUUAGCGGAAAAUUGAGCAAUACAUUAUUUCGAUUUUGGAAGUCGCAUCUAUCGGAAUGAAUUAUUAUGGGUAUUUAUUUUCCAUGUGAAUGUGGAUGCAACGAAUUGGUUAUUUUAUAUUUUAUAUACUCUUCGCUUUGCGGUUUUGUGUCUCAGGCUUUUGUUUAUUUUCAUUCAAAUUAUC